CAAAGGAGAUCUGAGCUUGCCAGCCUAAGGGGCUACGAAGAGUCAUUCAAGUAGCUCUCUCUUGGGCUACUCUGUCCUCACCUUCAUCAUCGUCGUCGUCGUCGUCGUUUCCAGAGUGUCGCAGUCGGUGGCCCACCCCGCAUCCUACCUCCACCCCUUCCAGCGUCAUAGUCUGGCAUCUGUCAGGCACCGGCGCCUCCCUGCCCGCCUGCCUUUGCUUCCCCGCACCUCCCAAGGCGGCUUCAUUUGACUACCCUGGUCCAGCUCAUUGCUUCUACUACCUUUGGCAUCACCUCUACACAUCGAGAGAAGGAAGAACACAGCAAGCAGCGCAGCUAUGAUCUGAUUCUCGCGCCAGCUCCGCUUCGAUCCGUUACCCUUUGUCCGAUUCCUAACGCCUCCGAUAGGCAAGGCGCUUUUCUCUACCUCUACUACUCCUGGCCAUGGUGGAGCAACAAGGAAGCGAGCAGGUGGAAGGUCUAUCCAAUGGCCUUCAGAGAGACCUUCACCUGUAUUCGUCCCCUCAAGAUCAGCAAGCUGCAGGCAGCAUACAGCGGCACUCGUCCGGUCCUCCGCUACAAGCAGCUCCACCACUGGAGCCACUAGUCGAUGAGCGCAACAGGCACGCACCGUCCCUUCGCCAACCCUCGGCCCAGUCAAUGUCCACAAAUUCUUAUGCUGACUCUAGCAAUAGCAACCUCCUCGCCCCUCCGGACCAACUUCGUCCCACCUCCUCGAUCAUCUCAAAUGGCACCGUCGCCUCGGAAUCCUGGACCAGCCCGGAAGAAUCCGAAGGCGAUUAUGUCCGCAAGACCUACAUGCACUUUGACAAGAUCGGAGUCAAGGGAGAUGGCAUCGUGGAAGGCAAAGAAUGGACAAGACAUCGUGCUGCUGAUGGACCAGCACCUUGGGACGCUGAAGCAGAGGGGAUGGGGGCAUCAGGCAGCCUGAGUAGGUCGAAUAGCGAGCGGGCAGGGCCAAGAUUGAAGACUCCUCCGUCCCGAGAGACCGCUACAAGCGAGAACUCUCAAAGUCGUACAGGAGCCUCCAGAAAUGAUAAUCUUGACCCUUCGUCGGCAGCUUCGAGUCCUACGAGCCCUCGGCGCAGCCUUCAGAGAACCAGGCGGGCAGUCUCCUCGAGCAGUAGCGCAGCUGCUGUCAAGUCUUCUCCACUAGCAGCUCCCCCGACUACGGCCAAUGACUAUCUCCAGCCCUCAUCUCAAAGUCUGCAAGGCAGAACCUCUUGCCCCUCUUCACCUCGAUCCAGAUGGCGCUCUUCGAGAAAGAGUGAAGGCUUUGCACACUUUCCACCUCUUGGCAAGUCACCAAGUAGAUCGAGCCAAGACGAGGCAUACAGACACCUCGAGGCGCCUCUGUCAACCAUGUCUGCAGCCUCUUCAUCCACAUCCCUCGCCUCCACCUCAGCCUAUGGCAAUGGGACCUCACGCUCCGUAUCCGGAUCAGGCCUCCUGCAUCCUAAUGGCGCAGCGGCCCGACCGGGUCGUAUCGCUUCUGCCUCUUCCACUCUCUCCCCCCUCGCCAGUCCACAUGGAGGUGCCAGCGGACGACGGAUGUCCGAAUCGGAAAUGUCCGAGAUCACGGAGCUGGACUCGGUUGAUUGGGGUUUGCAGCAGGAGGCGGAGCAGAGGAAGAGGUUUACAUUGGGCUCGAGACGAUUUGGUGGUGCUGGAAUUGGAGAUGAGACGGUCGAUGAGGAAGAUGAGGAGGAGGAGAACUGGAAGAGAUUGGAUAGGUACGGCUUCUUUUCCAGAGACUGGUCCGGACAGCAUGGUCGCAUAUGCAUUCUGCCGGCAGCGACAUUCAGCCUCGUUCCUAAUCCCGGAAAUACCCGGUCACAGUCCAGCAAGAUGGCCGCCGCCUCUCGAGCAGCUCGAUCUGUAGUCAGCGCUACCGAGGUCUCGCCUGCCCAGCCAGUGCAGAGCCUACGCUCCUCCAACCCUUCACGCGGCGUCACGCCCGUCGCCUCACCACACCUGGGCCAUACCAGCAACAGCAGUGCAGGUCGAUCAGCCGGCACUGGCACACCGGCCUCGUCCGCUUCUGCUGGCGCUGGUGCCGGAGAUGGCGAGACGGUAGAGCAACAUCCCAAGGCCGAUGCCAUCUCUGCCUUUCGAGCAAAGUCACAGCAGGCACAGCGCGAGAAAGAGCAGAGCAGGAUCGAUAAGUGGUCGCAGAUGCUUGUGCCUGGAGAGAAGAAAGGGGCCAAUACGGCAUUCUACACCAUUAGAGAUGAUCUCAAGGGUAGUAGCAAGCUGGAGAGGAGAGUCUUCAAGGGGAUUCCUGAUCGAUGGAGAUCGGGAGCUUGGUGGGCACUGGUAGAGAUGGGCACCGCUCAAGUCGGUGAAGGCAGCACUUCUAGCAAGACUGGGACCUCUCAAGACGCGAAUGCGAAGACGGAGAAGCUUGAAGCUCACGUCGCCUCGCCGCCGGCGCAAUCAGGUCUGUCAGAGAUCAAGCGCAAAUUAUCGACUCGCCGACCUCGAAAGAGCCGUCAGAGUAGUGGCGCAGGCGGUUCCAAUGGCAACGCCAGCAGUACCACAAGGACGAAGCCCUCUCGCUCAUCUGAACCUCUCGAAGUAGCAGCAGCCCGUCGAAGUCGUCAGGACCACAUCCGUCGCUUCUCCCGCCUGCUCAAUGUCCCCUCUCCCCACGACGUACAAAUCGAUCUGGACGUCCCGCGCACAAUUAGCAACCACGUUCACUUCCACACUCGUUAUGGCCUCGGUCAACGCUCUCUCUUUCGAGUCCUACACUGUUUCUCCCUUCUGUGUCCUCAGUGCGGAUACUGCCAAGGCAUGGGCUCGCUCGCAGCUACUCUGCUAAGCUACUAUCCCGAAGAGCAAGCCUACGCCCUCCUCGUCGCUCUACACGAUUCACCAAAAUAUGCCCUACACGACCUCUUCUCCCCUGGGUUCCCAGGACUUCUCGAAGGGUUUCACGUACAGGAAAAGCUCGCUGAGCUACUUCUACCAGGGUUGAACGGUGCAAUGCAGCGCGAGGGAGUAGUGGGAAGUGCAUAUGCCACAAGAUGGCAUAUCACCCUCUUCUCGUCCGUCGUACCAUUCGAGACACAAUUGAGGCUCUGGGACGUUUUUUUACUCGUGGGAAGAGACGCACCGGUACUCUUCUCACUCGCCGUACUACAUUCGCUCAGCUUGACAGUACUCCGCGACCCAAAAGACGCAGGUGCAGAGGCGGCGCAAGGUGCUUCUUCAUCUUCUCACCCGCACUCACGAUCUCACUCGGGCAAUAGCGGCUCCGGCUCUGGCAAUGUCAUCGUAUCUAGCGACCCCUCACCUGCACCUGAGCUGGACUUUGAGCACAUCAUGUCCACCCUCAAUCAAGUCUUUGUACCAGAAGACGAUGAGGCUCUCUUGCGGUGGGUGGAGCGAUUGGCAAAGGAUCGGAGGGUGCAGGAGGUGAUGGGUGCUGCGAGACGCGAGUGGCGCAGUGGGGCGGGUGUGGUUUGAUGAGGAUUGCAAGACAGAAAAGGAGAAGGAGAGGGAGUGAGAUAGGGAGCGGAGAGGAUGGGAUGAAAUGGAUGAGCUUCGGGCUCUUAGCUUGUAUGUCCCUCUUCAGAUCGAUUUGUAGCGGAGUAGACGCGCUAGUCUAACAUGUCGAGGAAAUUAGAAAUGUCUAUAUUUUUGGAAUCUGUCAACUUUCUAGGGGCUAGAGCAUUCAGUAUUGAAUCAAAAC